AUGAGCAUUAUAUUUUCCGGAUCGUUUUCCAAGAAAAUCGCCCGUGAGUCAGUGACAUCCAUCAAAGCCUCAGACUCACCGGAACACGUCGCACCUUUGGGGAACCCAAGCGAGGAACGUCGUUUCUGGUUUCAACGCGCGAAAAGCUAUGAUCCUCAGGCAAUUGCCACCCAGCCAUCAGUCUACGAUAACCCUGAUAUCGCAAAGCAGUACCAGCCGAGAGCUGAUUGGGAGAAUCUUCAUCGAUUCGAUCCCUCUGCGAGAUGGACAUGGGCAGAGGAAUAUAGCCUUGUGCGAAAGAUCGAUCUUCGCAUCAUGUUCUUCGCUUGCGUCAUGUUCAUGGCUCUGGAGUUGGAUCACUAUAACCUUGGAAACACCGUAUUCAAACUGUCCUUCCUUUGCGCCGAGCUGCCCUCUCAACUUGUCAGUAAGUGGGCCGGCCCAGAUCGGUGCAUACCUACGCAGAUGGUUUUAUGGUCGGCGGGGGCCAUGGGACAGUACGGACUCCAGGGCAAGACCUCUUUCUUAGUGUGUCGGGCUUUGCUCGGAAUCUUGCAGGGCGGGUUCAUACCAGACGUGAUCCUCUAUUUGUCUUAUUUCUAUAAAUCUCAUGAAUUGUCUAUUCGCCUGAGCUUCUUCUGGACAGCGAUGAAUGUUGCCGAUAUUAUUGCCAGCUUCCUGGCCUUUGGUCUGCUGUAUCUCCGUGGGGUUGAAGGCCAGGCGGGUUGGCGUUGGCUAUUCCUUAUCGAGGGUAUUAUUACUUUCCUUUUCGGUCUGGCCGCAUACGUUUUGAUGCCCCCGGGGCCAUGCCAAACGGCCAAUUGGUCUCGCGGUAAGGCAGGCUGGUUCACCCCACGCGAGGAAACAAUCAUCGUGAAUCGAGUCAUUCGGGAUGAUCCCAGCAAAGGGACCAUGCACAAUCGCGAGCCCAUCACACCGAAGCUACUUUGGAAGAGUCUUUGUGAUUUCGAUCUUUGGCCUCUUUACAUCAUUGGUCUUACAUCCGAGACGCCCAUGACAACACCAAAGCAAUAUCUCACAUUGACCCUGAAAGGCAUGGGAUUUGGCACUUUUGUCACUAAUUUGUUGACGAUUCCAAGCACGGUCAUCUCAUGCAUCACGAUGCUCAUUCUCACCUACGUUGCAGAGGUUGUUGGCGAACUGAGUUUAGUCGCAAUGUUCGGACAGAUUUGGGCCCUUCCUUUCGUGGUAUACUUGUAUGUUGUAGAUAUCGGCACUGCAAACAGAUGGUCUGUCUGGGCUGUUGUGACAUUACUGCUCGGUUUUCCAAAUGCACAUGCAUUACAAGUUGGCUGGAACUCUCGCAACUCGAACACAGCUUCGUCUAUAAUUGCCUCGAACAUCUACCGAGCCGACGAUGCUCCACUCUAUAAGCGAGGCAAUCGCGUGCUUGUUGGCUUGGUGGUUGCAAAUAUAUUCAUCUACCUCGGUGCCAAGGCUUACUAUGUAUGGCGCAAUUCGAGUCGAGAUAAGUGGAAUGCCAUGACGGAUGAACAAAAAGCCUAUUACUUGGCGAACACGAAGGAUGAGGGUAGUGGACGUUUGGAUUUCCGCUUUGCACAUUGA